AUGGCCGAUAAACAAACAAGUGAGCCGUCAAAUAAGGAUAUUAUGAACUUACUGAGAGACUUCAUGCAAACGCAAAAAGCAAGGGAAGAAAAUCUUAAUCAAUCAAUAAACUCAUGCCACGAAAAAUUGGAUGCAAACAUCGAGGAGCUAAACAAGAUUAAUAAUCGAUUAGAUUCCUAUGCAGAGUCGUUGGUAACACUGAAAAAUGAAUCCAACGAUUUACGACAACGUUUAACGUCUUGUACAAAUGAGAUGGACAAACUGGAGCAAUAUACAAGAAGAAACUCAUUGGAAAUACACGGUAUACCCUUCAUCAAGGGAGAAGACCCUUAUCUCUUAAUACAAAAAGUUGCGUCCGCUCUGUCCAUAGAAAUAUCAAAAAAUUCCAUAGACAUCUGCCACAGGUUACCACUGCGCUCAUCAGAAGCUACUCAAAAACCGCCAGCCAUUAUCUGUAAAUUCGUUAAUCGCUAUCUGAAAGAAGACAUUCUUGGUAAACGCAAGGUAAUGCGUAAUCUAUCGACAACUGAUAUCGGGUUCACGACCGCCGAUACAAUUUACAUCAAUGAAAACUUGACCACCCAUAGACGCCAACUGCUAUACAAGGCGCGCCAACUACAAAAGGAGCUUCAUUUCAAAUUUUUGUGGACUAAAAAUGGCAAUAUCUUUGCACGUAAGGAUGAAAAGUCCCCCGUUACCGAAGUCACUGCAGAUAGUAUUAAACGCAUUAAACUCGGAGGCCUGUAA